AUGAGUUUAAAGGUCGAUCGAGCCCAUUAUGCUCCGUCAAGACCCUAUUCAGACUCGCCGCAACCAAUCGGCCACGAUGCGACAAUCUCAGCCCCGCACAUGCACGGCCACGCAUGCGAGUAUCUUAUAGAUUAUCUCAAGCCUGGGCAGCGGGUACUUGAUAUUGGGUCUGGUUCCGGGUAUCUAACCCAUGUUCUUGCGAAUCUGGUUACCGAGUCACCGUCUUCUGAUGGCCAUCCAGGCGGUCAAGUUGUUGGGAUUGAUCAUAUACCCGAGCUAGUUGACAUGGCCCGCAACAAUAUGCGUAAGUCGGAUCAAGGCCGCAAGUUCCUAAAAUCCAGUCAGGUGAAGUUCAUCACAGCAGACGGUCGCCUGGGAUGGAAGGAAGAAGCACCUUAUGAUGCGAUUCAUGUUGGUGCAGCAGCAAAGGAGCUUCCGUCUGUUUUGGUCGAUCAACUUCGAGCGCCUGGGCGAAUGUUCAUCCCCGUGGACACAGAAGACGAUGACAGCUCCCUUGGGGCCCUUGGAUUGGGUGGAGGUCAGUAUAUCUGGGUAGUAGACAAAAAAGAAGAUGGAUCUGUUCAUAAGGAGAAGGUCUUCCAGGUUAGCUAUGUCCCUCUGACUGACGCACCACGCGGAUGA